AUGAACUGCACCGCCGCCGCCGCCGGUUCCCGUCGCCACCACGCCGACGCCCCUCUCCUGGACCACGCCGAAGGCCGCCUCACCGUCCUCCUCGACACCGCUGGAGCUGCUCCGCCGUCGUCUCCGCCAUCAUCGCCGUCGUUCUGUCCUCCUCCCCAGGCCCCGUUGUCCCGAACCCUACGGCCCCUUGUGAGCCGCCACCCCCGCCCUCUCCACUCUCCUCUGCCCCGUUCCCGCCCGACGCCCGCCCUCCCCUGCUCACCGCACGACGCGCCGUCGCGCGCGCACGCGCCUGCGUCGGCCAAGCCCCGCCUUGCCCCCUCGUCGUGCUCACUCCCGCAGUCGCCCGCGAUCAGCUGCUGGCCGCGCGCGCGUCCGUGCCCGUCGGCGCUCACUGCCGUUGGCCGCCGCUCGCUCGCGCGCUCACACCCACCCCCCGCUCCGGCUAGCCGCUACCGCGUUCGCGUCCCCUGCCGCCUCCACCUCUGCUCUCCGCAGCCACGCGGCCCCGCCGACCACCGUUGCCCCGGCGCGCCUGCCCGCGCUGCUCCCCCUUGCUGGCCGCCGCCUAGCCCGCCUGCGGCCGCGCCCCGCUGCUCCCGCUGCCGACCAGUGCCCCGCCUCCGUCGCCUCUUCCCCCCCUCACGGCUCGGCUGCUUGCGCCCCGUGCCCCGUCCCUCUCCCCUGGCCUCUGCCGCAUCGCCGGCCGCUUCCGUCCGCCACUGCCGACCGCCGGCGCCGCCCUCCGUCGGGCGCGCCCUGCCUCCGCCAGCUCCUGGCCAUGAUCUGGAUAGGGGGGGUGGGGGACGAACUGCACCGCCGCCGCCGGUUCUGGUCGCCACCACGCCGGCGCCCCUCACCUGGACCUCGCCGGAGGCCGCCUCACCGUCCUCCUCGACACCGCUGGAGCUGCCCCGCCGUCGUCUCCGCCAUCAUCGCCGUCGUCUCCGUCCUCCUCCCCAAGCCCCGUUGCCCCGAACCCUACGCCCCCCUGUGAGCCGCCACCCCCCUCUCCACUCUCCUCUGCCUUGUUCCCGCCCGACGCGCGCCCUCCCCUGCUCACCGCACGAUGCGCCGUCGCGCGCGCACGCGCCUGCGUCGGCCAAGCCCCGCCUUGCCCCCUCGUCGUGCUCACUCCCGCAGUCGCCCGCGAUCAGCUGCUGGCCGCGCGCGCGUCCGUGCCCGUCGGCGCUCACUGCCGUUGGCCGCCGCUCGCUCGCGCGCUCACACCCACCCCCCGCUCCGGCUAGCCGCUACCGCGUUCGCGUCCCCUGCCGCCUCCACCUCUGCUCUCCGCAGCCACGCGGCCCCGCCGACCACCGUUGCCCCGGCGCGCCUGCCCCGCGCUGCUCCCCCUUGCUGGCCGCCGCCAAGCCCGCCUGUGGCCGCGCCCCGCUGCUCCCGCUGCCGACCAGCGCCCCGCGUCCGUCGCCUCUUCCCCUCGCUCCUCGGCUGUUCGCGCCCCGUGCCCCGUCCCUCUCCCCUGGCCUCUGCAGCAUCGCCGGCCGCUUCCGUCCGCCACUGUCGACCGCCGGCGUCGCGCUCCGCCGGGCGGGCCCUGCCUCCGCCAGCUCCUGGCCAUGGUCGCCGGCGUCCGCGCCCGAAACCUGCGCCGGCACGGCCUCGCCUCGCUACCAGGGCGGGCGGCGGUUGCGCCCGCGCUCGUAA